AACUUGUGUUUGACAGCAUCCACAUUUCAACAAUCCCUCGCCGGUCACUCGUAUAGUUCCAAGUCUAUCCUAUUCUUCCAUUCAACUGGUCGCCAGAAUUAACCACCGAUUUGCACAAUCGACUUUCCAAAUUCCAAUGGCUUCGUCUUCUUCGCCUGUAGUUCAACUUCAACCCCUCUUCUCCAAUAACAACAACAGUCGCCUUUCGUCUCUCCAUGCCUCCACCUCCGACUUCUCAUUACCAUCCUCCGUUAGGAAGUUCUUCUACAAAAAGAAGUCUGCUGCCACCAUCACAGCCAUGGCACAACCACAGAGAAGCGCGAUGCAGUAUAAUCAAGUUGGGGAUUCCAACCUUGUAGUCAGUGAAAUUACUUUCGGCACAAUGACAUUUGGGGAACAGAACACAGAGAAGGAGGCCCACGAAAUGCUUUCCUAUGCAGUGGAGCAUGGGAUUAAUACUCUAGACACUGCAGAAAUGUAUCCAGUUCCAGUGAAGAAGGAGACGCAAGGGCUAACAGAUAUUUACAUUGGAAAUUGGAUGAAAUCUCGACCUCGUGACCAGAUUAUAUUAGCCACUAAAGUAUCUGGAUACUCAGAGAGAGCAACUUACCUUCGAGACAAUGGAGAAGUUGUGAGGGUUGAUGCUGCAAAUAUUAAAGAAAGUGUGGAGAAAAGCUUGAAACGUCUUAAUACUGAUUACGUUGAUUUACUACAAAUUCAUUGGCCAGAUCGAUAUGUGCCAUUGUUUGGUGAGUUCUUUUAUGAUCCUUCCAAAUGGAGGGCAAGUGUGUCAUUUGUUGAACAACUCAGAGCCUUUCAAGAACUCAUUAAUGAAGGAAAGGUGAGGUACAUUGGUGUUUCAAAUGAAACUUCAUAUGGAGUAAUGGAAUUCAUUAAUGCUGCAAAAGCUGAAGGACUUCCAAAGAUUGUUAGCAUUCAAAACAGUUAUAGUCUGCUAUCAAGAUGCAAGUUUGAAGUUGAUCUUGUUGAAGUAUGUCACCCAAAGAACUGCAAUGUUGGCUUACUUUGUUAUUCGCCAUUGGCUGGUGGAUCUUUAACUGGAAAGUAUUUGGAUUUAGAAUCUGAAGCUUCUAAAAAAGGAAGGCUUCAGCUUUUCCCUGGAUACAUGGAAAGAUACAAUAAAUCCAUUUCCAAGGAAGCUACGGCACAAUACAUUGAAAUGGCGAAGAAACAUGGUUUAAGUCCGGUUGAGCUGGCACUUGGAUUUGUGAGAGACCGUCCAUUCAUGACAAGCACAAUCAUCGGUGCAACAUCCGUUGAACAAUUAAAAGAAGAUAUUGAUGCUUUUUUAACAACACAGAGACCUUUAUCACCCGAUGUCAUGACAGAUAUCGAAACUAUCUUCAAGAGAUACAAAGAUCCAACAAUCCUUUAGACACCGAGGCUUUAUUUUUUCACCUUUUUGGAUUGAUUGUUGAGAGUUUGUUGUACUAUAUGUUUAAAAAUGCAUUUUUUGUACAUAUAAAUAAUGAACAACCGGAAUUGUCAUUGAAAACUAAGGGUUUGUGCUUUUAGUUGCUUGCAAGUUGGAGGAUAUUUUUUUGUAUGGGUUAUGCAAAAAAUAAUAAUGUACUUUCAUA